UUGCGAGAGAGCAAAUUGAACGAUACUUUUAAAUAAAUCGAAGAGCGCUUGGCUCGCAUCAACCUGAGCGGUGAUAGUCUUUGUGAAACUGAACAUAUUAAAUAAAUAAAAAUUGUAAACGCAUAAAAAAAAUAUGAAGAAUUUCCUGUUAUUAACCAGACCAUUUGAAAAUGGGAUUAUUGUGCGUGAACACAUCUGCUGUUUCCUGAGCGAAUUUUUUGGUACCGGUAUGUUAUUAUUUUUCGGUUGCAUGGGCUGCGUAUAUUAUGAAGUUAACAAAUAUAACCAAUGGCUAUCAGCUUUGAAUUUUGGUUUAGUUGUGCUAAUCGUAGUCCAAUGCUUUGGCUGUUGUUCCGGUGCUCAUCUAAAUCCUGUCAUUACUAUUGCCGCUUGGAUAUAUAAUAUGUUGUCGGCUUUUGCUGCUUCACUAUACAUAUUGGCACAAUUUACCGGUGCUUAUUGCGGUUAUGCGCUGUUGCAUUUGCUAUUACCGAGCUCCUUGUGUACGCCGAAUUUGUGCAUGACAACGCUACGUGUAGAUAUAACAGUUUGGCAGGCUAUAGGUAUUGAAUUUUGUACAACCGUAGCCUUGGUUUGGGUAACAUGCGCCGUUUGGGAUCCACGCAAUAUCCGAAUGCAAGACUCUGCCGCUAUACGAAUUGGGUUAACAAUAUCAGCUUUGGCUUUGGCGGCGGGGCCUCUUACUGGUGCUAGUAUGAAUCCGGCACGUUCUUUGGCCCCGGCUAUAUGGCAUAAUUCUUAUGAUCACCAUUGGAUUUAUUGGCUAUCUCCAAUUAUGGCCGGUAUAUUUGCUGCCAGUUUCUACAGAGUUGUGUUUCGACGUGAAGUGGACUCAGCUGAUAUUAAUAAUCCGAAAUUAGAAGCCAUACAAAUUCCAUAAAACCUAAUACGAUUCGAGCGAAAAUUUUUAAUUGUUUAUCAUUUAAGUAGUUCCCUUUAAAAGUAUUAUUAUUAUGUAAAUAAAUCGAAAUAAUAUAAAAAUAGGUUUUAGUUCUAAGUUUUAUUAGAUUUUCUGACAUUUUUUAUUCCGAUUUGU